CCCACUCCCUCCUCCCGCGUUGCAUUCUGUGAAAUAGAGUUUGUGAGCGUUUGGGAAAGAUGGCAGGCGUGCAGCCGCCACCCCUCCGCAGCCUGGAGGAUUUUCUCCUGAGCUCGGCCCGGUUCGCGGUGCCCGAUGUGCGCGACCUGGACCGCUGGAACAACCGCAUCAUCAACAACCUGCUGUACUACCAGAGCAAUUAUCUCACGUGCGCACUGGGCCUCCUUCUUUUAGUGGGGUAUUUCCAGCCCUUCCAGUUGCUUGUCGGGGCGUUGGUGGUCACCUUGAUAUUCCUGGGCUUUGUCUGGGUUGCUGAGAACCAAGCUCCAGUUCGUCGUUUCCGUAGAAACCACCCAUCCGUCUCUGUGUUUGCCAUUCUCUUGGCCAGUUACCUCUUCAUUUCGGUGCUUGGGGACGUGGCCGUGUUCCUGUUUGGGAUAGCCUUCCCUUUAAUGAUGGUUCUGGUCCACGCGUCGGUGAGGCUGCGCAGCCUAAAGAACAAGCUGGAGAACAAACUGGAGAGCAUCGGUCUGAAGAGGACGCCCAUGGGACUCCUGUUAGAGGCCCUGGGACAGGAACAAGAGGCUGGAUCCUAGAGAGAAAGAGGAAGAGGAGAUGUGCAGGGGUGGGAGAUAGUUUGGGUGCCAUCUGAAGAGAAAUGGAUGGGAAGAGGAAAAACAUAAGAGGAGAAUUAAAGCAGGGAAAGUGGAAGAACAAAAGAAAAAAUGAAGUAGAAAGAGGCAGCAUUGGUUUGUUAAAAAUAACUAAUCAGCAGGAAGAGAUCUCUGGUCCAAUGGGAAGAGGACAGAUGAAAUCAUAGAAAUCAUCAUACCAAACAAAUGAUCGGGAUUUAACUAAUUUGACCUGCAUUGACUGAGUUCAAAUGAAUUCCAUUUUCAUAAAGUGUUUACAAUAGUGUGUAGCAUUGAAAAAGUACUUUAAUGCUUAAAUGAGGUGAAAUUUGAAGGAAAUGGGAGGUUUUAUAUAAAGAAUAUGCUGCUUCAAUUUGACAGAGUUGAUACAAGACCAACCGGAGCAGAUAUGCGAAGGAAACAAAUCCCCUGUUUUAGAUGAAAACAGUUCAGUUACCACAUUUCUAAGCCUGUAUUUAUCCAGAAUAAAAAGCUGCCUAUUCCACUGCUGGACGUCCAGUGCUGGCAACUGGGAUCAGCAAAUUAAUAACUUUGAACUUACCCUUGCUUCCUUCAUAACUUGUUAAAUUACCACUAGCCAUUAAUUGUGUUGGUAGCUGUGCUAACACUUGUGGUAACUGUACUUUGUAAUUUUCUCUGUUUUUAGCAAUGCUAGUGAUGUGGUUCCUGGGAUAGCGAUGUUGGUCAGUCCACCACUUUAGUCCAAACUGAAAUAUCUCAACAGAUAUUGAAUGAACUGCGAUGAUGAAAUGUAUGGUGCCCAGAGGAAGAAGCCAACUGACAUUACUGAUCCUUUGAAUUACCUUAGAAGUCACCCUUCAGUCAAAGAUUUUAAUUAUCCAAUAAAGUAUUUCAAUAUCCAUUGGCAAAACAUUUCUAGCACAAUCAUCAGGUCAAGCUAUAUACAGUACAUGCCAGUGAUUGAGUACUGGACUUGGAUUCGAGUUGCUAUACUCUGGACACUUGACCCGACUUGGAAUUGCACACUGAUGACUCAAGGAUUUAUGAAAUUGGACUGUGGAUGAAGUUUUUGAUCAUUUUUAUGUGUAAUAGGCAGUGAUGGAGUAUUUGAGUACAACUUGAGUCGCUAUUUUCUGGACUCGGGACUCGAGUUGGACGCGAACAAUGGACACUCAAGACUUGACUCUAACUUGACGGUUGGUGACUCGACUAUUACACUGAUACAUGCAAAUGCUAACAUGCUAAACUAACAUGACUAACAUGGACUUGACCCAUGAAAUAUUUCAACAUCUAUUGGCAAAACAUUGCUAGCACGAUCACCUGGUCUUGCAAUAUUUCAGUUUCAAUUUUAUGGAUAGUAUCCUAUCAUAAGAGUUAUCUCAAGACACUUUGCAGCUAGAGUAGGUCUAGACUGCACUCUAUGAUUUACAAAGACCCAACAAUCUACCACGAGCAAGCGUUUGGUGCGACAGUGGCAAGGAAAAACUUCCUUUAGGCAGAGAUCUCGGACAGACCCAGGGUCUUUGUGGGCAACAUCUGGCAGGUUAGGGCAGACACUGAUAUAGAUUUACAGAUAUAGAGAAAUAUGAAUCGUAAUAAUUAUAGCAAUUGGAAUGAUGAACAGUGGCCCUUUUAGUUACAAUA